GUUUCAGUUCCUGAAAAAAACCUGGAGCUACGGCAAGAAUACAUUGGGAGCAAAAUGUUUCAAGUUAUGUGCCGCGCAGAAGGAGUAUUCCCAGAACCUAGCAUGAGUUUGCAUAUUGGCCAAAGCGAAGUAAACGAUUCCAAAAUCCACGUCUUUGAGAAGAAUGGCCUUUUUGAUAUAAAGGCUACAGCUGAAAUCCCUUUCCUAGAAGCACCUGAAGAAUUUUCGUGCGAAUUACAUAUCCCCCAAGCUAACUAUACCGUCAGAAAAGAAGCUGUGUACUAUCCAGUGAGUGGCGCACAUCUAUCAUAUCCUCCUUUGAAAUUGGGAACUCCGAUGGUAUUACUUUUUUGUCUACUUCCUCGACUCG